AAACUCCACCCACCGAAGAACCAAAACAAGCAGAAAUUGAAGUCCAACCUGAUCUUCAGAGAACACUUGUUCAAUAUUCCCCAACUCAAGCCGAAACUGGUGCAACUACUUCUAUCUUGACUGAAGAACCUCCACUAUGACCAGAAGAAUUCAGAAAGUACAAAAGAUGGUUCGAGAGUCACUCUGAGGACAACAUUAUUGGAGAACCAUCUGAUCGUGUGAAGACUAAGAGAUCAGUGUGCAACCUCGUCUAUGAUAUCAACCAGAACACAAUCAAAGAAACUAAAUAUUUCAGUUGUUUACUAUCACAAACUGAACCAGUAGAUGUUCAAGAAGCAUUGAAAUGCACUCAAUGGAUCACCGCGAUGCAAGAAGAGCUUAAUGCAUUCAACAUGAAUUCAGUCUGGGAACUGGUUGAUCGACCAAGACCAAACACCAAAAACAAUUUUCAAAUUAAUAAGAUAAAAGCACAUGAUUUAAAUCAAACUAACCACAUAUCAAAACACACAUUGGUAAACAACAACAAAACCUAACCCUAAAUUGCACCACUCGACAAUUUUCAAGAAAUUAGAUAACGGGGAGGUUUAGCCACUUACCCUGAGCGAGUCCUAAGACCAGAACCUCGACUUCCCAAUAGCAAUUUGGAUCGUUGCGUUCUGAGGCAGCAAAAUAAGGAUACGACGACAUACAAAUCGUGGAUCUGAUACCGCUGUUGGGUAGUUUCAUGGUACGUUGUCGUCCACGCACUUGUUAGCACAAAGCCAACGAGCUCUUCAAGCUUUGGAAGGAGAAGGAGCAGCAACUUCAACUUUCGGACAGCAUCAACAACGACUUCCAGACAGCAGUUGUGCGACGGUAGAAUUCCAACACUGAUGGUAGAACACGAGUAGUAAAGGGAAAAGCUUUGGCUCAGUUCCGUUUCCUGGCGCACAACAACGUGCACCACAAUGAUUUCCGUCUGCUCCACACACCCACGACACCUUCAACCCUCUCCGGUGGCUCCACACAAUAGCUACGACGAGAAGACUCAAAAAUGGGGAGAACAAGCAAGACACGAAGUUUCUUGUUCGAUCCACGUGAGGAAGACAAAUGGAGAGAUAGAGAACAUGGUUUGCUUGAUCACACAAGAACAACGAUAACUUUCAUCUUCUCUCUCACACUCAACGACGAUGCCUCUAACUCUUUCUCACUUACAUAAUUAGACACACUUUUCUUGAGCUCACACACUCUCUCCCUUAGCAAUUAAGGCAAAUGACAUUAAGAAGGCAUAGAAUGGGCCUACCAGGAUGGACCUUUGGUGUGUGGGUUUGGGCCUCCAAGGAGUUGGGCCAAAAUAAAACUUACAACUGCAAAUAAAUGUAAUUAGGUUGAAGAGAAAUCAAAAUUAAUAAAAGAGCCAUAAAUUAUCAACACAAAUAUUUCAAUCCAAAAAUCAAAAUUUGAAGCAGCAAGAGCAAUGCCCUCGAUAAAAAUAAUCGCUCUAUGGCCUGACCAAGCAAGUAAGAAAGCACUCUUAUUCUUACUCAGCUCCGCCACUAGAGCCGCCUCCAGCGCCGUUACAAAGCUUGGUUGUUACACUGGUUCCUGUGGAUGAUAGACGCCCUCUCCCUGUUCCCUUUUAAUUGCUUCUUUUGGUCGGAGCCGCUAUCGAAGUUGUGGAUAAGACUAAAAACUCAUUGGAGGGUGUGGCUCAUUUGUCGGCCCAGAUAGGUCCUCCGCAAUCUCUAAUUGUUCCUUCAUCGUCACCGAUUGCUCAUCGAUUGUCGUCUCUCGCGACUUCGCCGCCCCCUUCCACUGAUGAUGGACCAUUGGUGCUCAUUGUUUCAUUUCUCAACGGAAGAUAGAUGCUGCAAAUUUUCAGUAGGGAUGAGAGAGAAUGAGAGAGUAAGAGAAAUCACGAAGAAGAAGAACAUCAAUGUUAUUUUUAAAAUUCAUUUCUCUAUUUUUAAUUUAUUAAGGGUAUGCCAUUCCCUCUUAUAUUUGUAAUUUUAGUCAUGGAUUAAUUAUUACAUUAUUGUUUGAUUAGAUUCAAUCAACAAAAAAAUCAAAACGUCAAUAAUUUUCUUAGUAUUUUCCAAAUAGAUAAUUAAAAAUCAGCUGGGAUUCUAUUUUGUUUUUCAGAAUCAUCGUCCCCAUAAAUCGCGUUCACAUAAAUUUGACGUCUCUGCCAAUGCAAUUACGCAAGGAAACGUUUCUUGAUUUUUAACAACAAACAUAAGCAAAACCAAAUGAAAAAGCAGAAAUUCCUUCAGAAAUAAAAUAAAAUAGGAAAAAUAAAACAAAGACGAAAAGAAGACGGCAAAAAAACGGCUCCAAUUUUAUUUGUAGCACGCAAUUCUCUCUCUAUCGCACGAUUCGGGGGCGUGAUUGCGUUUGCAACAAUGAGGAAUCGACGGCAGGUGGCUACCAGCGACGACGAGGACGACGCACUAAUGCCGCCGCCUCGUCGCAACUCAACUGCCGAUGUAAGGAAGCGCAAAAAGGUUCACCUCCCCUCUGACGAGGAGGCCGAGUCCUCGAGUGACAACGAGGAGCAGGAGGAUUUGGAGGCGCAGCCGGUGGGAGAGCCGAUUAGGUUUUCCGGUAAAGGGAGAGGGAAACGUAGCCAUUUUGAGUCGUUCGAGUACGACGGAAUUCAGUAUCAGCUGGAGGAUCCAGUGCUUUUGGUCCCUGAGAAAGGAAAUCAGAAGCCUUAUGUUGCCAUUAUAAAGGAUAUUGCUCAAAAGCAGGAAGGGAGGAGCAUGAUGGUUACAGGGCAGUGGUUCUAUCGUCCAGAGGAGGCCGAAAAAAAAACUGGUGGAAAUUGGCAAUCACAAGAUACGAGGGAACUGUUCUAUAGUUUCCACCGAGAUGAAGUGCCUGCAGAAUCUGUCAUGCACAAAUGUGUUGUGCACUUCAUACCUCGAAAUAAGCGGAUCCCUGACCGCAAAGAACACCCUGGUUUCAUUGUGCAAAAAGUAUACGACACUGACCAGAGGAAGCUCUUUAAGUUAACUGAUAAAGACUAUGAAGAUAACAAGCAAUACGAGAUCGAUCUCCUUGUUCAAAAGACUUAUGCACGACUUGGAGACCUACCUGACAUUGAGCCUGAGGAUGCGAAUAUGGAUCAAGAAGAUCAAACUAAGAAUAAGCGACUUUUAAGGAAGAAGAAUGUUUCACCUUUGGAUGUUUCCAGGGAAGAUGAAGGCAAUAAAUCUUUUACUCUCAGAGCAGAAACUCCUGGAAGCACCCCCGCCGGUGCAUCAGAAUUUUACGCCAUUCUGUCAAAACAUAAGAUGUUAACUGGGGAAACACAACGUGAUAAGUGGCUGGAAAAGCUUCUUCAGUCAAUUCAGUUCAUGUGCACUCCAGUGGAUGGGAAGCAGAACAAUGAUGAACAACAAGGUGGGAUCAAGAAUGGUGGCCCAAGUCAGAGAAAUGACUUGCUGAAUAAGGUUCCAGAAUUUUAUUUCAGAAAUGGUGAUGUAUCAUUUGACUGGCCUGAUGCCGCUGUUACGGCUGUGGCCGCUCUUGAGAAAGCGGCACAUGAAGCACUCUCUGCAGAUUUUCAGAAGUAUAACCAAAAGAUGCGUCAAUUAGCAUUCAAUCUUAAGAAUGUUGUACUAGCACGGCGUCUUCUGAAGAAGGAGUUGGAACCUGCAGAGAUACUUAAUAUGUCACCUAAUGAGUUAAAGGAGGGUUUAACAGCAGAGGAAAUAGCUAGGAGAGAGCCAGAGGAGACAGGGAACAUUCAGAUGACAGAUGCUCGUUGUAGAAGAUGCUCGGAGAAAAAAGUGGGUUUGACGGAUAUUAUUCAGACCGGGCAUGGUGAUCGCUAUCAGUUGGAAUGCGUUUCCUGUGGUAACACUUGGUAUGCUUCGAGAGAUGAUGCUGCCACGCUGACCAUAGAAGGGCCUAGUUCCGGCAAGACAGUUGUUGGUACUGCACCAUUGGCUACUGCCAAGUUUGAAGAUGUCGAGAAGACAUUGGUUAGCCCGCGUGGAGCUGAGGAAGGAGCAAACGACGCGUUGAAGAAGACCACGGAAGCAUUCAUUCCAGUGUUGGAAAAUCAGCGGUCUUUUAACAAAACCCGGGCGGAGGAAAGUCCUGCAACCAGCAAGGCCAAGUAAAAAUGUAUGUUUAUGUAACAUCCUCUAAUCUUGUGUUUUGGCUGACGUUGUUUCUGUAUAUGGUCGAGUUGCGUGUAUAUAUAUUUAUAAAAUAGUGCUGUACGUAUUAACUGCUAAUCAUUUUGUAAUCUAGAUGAUGAAAACGCAUUAAGUAACAAGCUCGGAUUUUACUCUUCUUA